AGUGUGGUUCCUACCGUCUCCUCGCCGGUGGGGGCGGGCGCCCUGAGGGUGUAUUUAUUACCUGAAGCGAUAAGGGACGAGCAGUCAGUUUGGCCCUUCUCUGUGCUGGCCGGAUUUGCUUGCAUUUGUCCCCAGCCACUGCUCAUGUAAUGCACUCCCUUAGCCAGGAAAUUAAAGCAUUCUCCCGGAAUAAUCUCAGGAAGCAAUGCACCAGGGUGACAACGCUAACUGGAAAGAAAAUUAUAGAAACAUGGAAAGAUGCCAGAAUCCAUGUUGUGGAAGAAGUAGAGCCGAGCGAGGGGGUUGGUUGUGGUUAUGUGCAGGACCUUAGCUCGGACCUGCAAGUUGGCGUUAUUAAGCCAUGGUUGCUUCUGGGGUCACAAGAUGCUGCUCAUGAUCUGGAUGUACUGAAAAAGCACAAGAAUGUUUUGAAUUCAUUGAACAAGCAAAAAUGCAGGAUGGUGUGGUUCUUGUUCAUUGUAAUGCAGGGGUUUCCCGGGCUGCUGCAAUUGUAAUAGGCUUCCUGAUGAAUUCUGAAGAAAUUUCAUUUACUAGUGCUUUUACUAUGGUGAAAAAUGCAAGGCCUUCCAUAUGUCCAAAUUCUGGCUUCAUGGAGCAACUUCGUACAUACCAAGAAAGCAACAAAAGCAAUAAGUGU